CCGAGCCACCUUCCUUCUAAAUCAUUUCAUUUUCUUUCUUAUGGUUUUCUCCUUUUUUCUCUAAUCUUUUUCUUCUAUCUUAUGCCCUCUCCUUUUUCUUCCCCAUUCAAGCUUUCCUUGCUUCUUCACUCUGCACCAUAUGCAAAAUUUUUAUUAUAUUAAUAAUCAAUUAGCUUAGAUCAUAUACAAGUACAUCAUCACCAUCAUAUAAUAAAAAUACACAAGUAUAUUUUUAUUGUUUUCCAUAAAAAAAAAUACUAAAAUCAAAUUAAAAAAUCGAAGGCCAUGGAAGACUCCCCUGCCGCUUAUAUACACCUGGUGCACCGUUUGAUAGAGGAGUGUAUCUUAUUCAACAUGAACAAAGAAGAGUGCAUGGAAGCUCUUUCCAAACAUGCAAAUAUCAAACCGGUUAUCACCUCCACUGUUUGGAAAGAGUUAGAGAAGGAGAAUAAGGAAUUCUUCGAGGCAUAUUUGAGGAGCAGAGCAGAGAAAGCUUCAGAGACAGAGACGAGGCAAAGGAUACGAAACAUGGUUUUGGAUUAUUCCAAAAAAUGAGUUUAGAUUUCAUACGCAAAUUAAUAAGGUUAUUUUAGUUGUUCGUGUCUAAUAAAUAACAUUGAUUAAUAUCACAAUCCUUGUGUAAUGGUGAAAACCAUGUCUCGGACAAAACAAUAUUGGACCAAGCUAACUAGGAAUAACAUUAUUAUAUGGGCGGCAUAUCUAAAUGGCUUCAUUUGAUUUUGUCUCAAGGUAUAGAAAGUUGAAGUCAACACUCUACAGUGAUUGUGAGAGUGUGACGUGGCAUGCGUCUGUUAUUAUACUAAAUAAAAUUUUAAAAACAUGUAUGCUAGACUCGAUGUACACACAUAUAAAUAAAAUAUUUAUUAUUAAAAAUUCUAUUGAUGAGUAAAA